CUACAUAGGAAAACAAGAUGGCGGAUUUGUCUACGUGUUUUUGACAUUGGGCUUUUUCGCGGCUGUUUUAUUAAUUUAUACUGCAGCCUUGGAUCUUAUCAAGACAAUGGAUAGAACAACAUUGCUCAAGGCUAGCAUUAAGACGAUUCGCACGCGAAACAAAGCUUUGGGGGUUAAGGAAUCUGGAAAAAAUACUUCGAUUCUUCCGACUCGAAAUAAGAAUGGGAGAGAAAGUGACUUUGGCAAGCGAGCGAGGGACGUGCGCGCUAACAUUACAAUUUUGAAAGAAUUUUUGGUCAAGCACCGAAAAGACUACAUUGAUGCUUUCAGUCAUUUAAGUUCUGAAGUUUCAAAGAUGACAGACACUGAGAGAGACCAGAUUGAUAAUGAUGCGCAGAUGUACAUGAGAACUUGUCACAACUCAAUAAAGUUAUUGAAAAAUGAAGCCGUGCAGCCAAGUGUAUGUGAGCAGCUUAACACCCACAGAGAUAAUGUCAUUGAGAUGCUGGAAGAGUACCUAAGAGUGGUUUGUAAAUUAUACAGUGAGCAGAGAGCAAUACGAGUCAAAAGAGCUGUGGACAAAAAACGAAUAUCCCGAUUGCAACCAGAGCACACAAGACGAAAACAUGACUUAUUUGCAAAAGCAGAAUGUAUGCCUGGGCAUGCCCCUAAAGCUCGAGAGUCUAAUUCAGAAAAUAAGCCCUUGAUAGGUGAAGAGGUAUCAAAACCAGAUGUUGAAGAGGAGCUCUCUCCUGAUGAAGUACAGCUGUUUGAACAGGAAAACAACAAGCUUCUGGAAGAGAUGAACAAUCUUGUUGACGAAGUCAGACAAAUUGAAGGAAGAGUUGUUGAGAUAUCACAACUACAAGAGAUCUUUUCAGAAAAAGUACUGCAACAAUCUGGGCAAAUUGACAGGAUCUAUGAGACUGCUGUUGGAACUACAGAAAAUGUGAAAGAUGGCAAUGAGCAUAUACGCGAGGCGAUAAAGAACAAUGCAAGUUUUCGUGUGUGGAUCAUCUUCUUUCUUGUCAUGUGUUCUUUUUCAUUACUUUUCCUGGACUGGUAUAGCUGAGAGAACUAAAAAAAUCAGUUAUAGGUAGUUUGUGGGCAGGCCAGACAGUAAUUGUCAGAAUGUUAUUUCACGCAUCAGACAAUCAUAGUUAGUUAAAACGUUAUGGCUAAGCUCAUAGCUUUAUGGCUACAUUGUAUUAUCCAUGACCUGUAUCCAAAGCAAUUGACUACCAGUGGAUUCAUGCAUUCACAUUAUGGCUCAAGGUUAAUAUGACGUUCCAUCUUAGCCUUAUACAUGCAAAUUCUAAUGACAUACCAUAAAUACUUUUUAUGGACCACUGGCACUGUUAAAUUAUUUAAUUUCAAAAGGACUCUAAUUUGAGGUUUGACUUUUAAUACAACAUGGACAGGACAGUUACUCAUAAGGAUCAAAAUCCUGAGUUUUUAAAUGUUUAAAAGAUCCACAUAAAAAUGGGUUCAGUAUACAUAUUUAGUUGUAACACUAUUAGAAACAUUAUCUUGUGUGUGCUAUAACCCAUGCCUUGGUUCAUUAGACAUUUUUGAUGCCUUGAGCGAAGGCUAAAUCAAAGUGGGUGUAUUGAAAACUGGUUACUAAAACAUUCUUUUUCUUUUGAUUAGACUCAAGAUCUCUGCAAAAAUAAAAAGGCACGUGUCGCACAUGAAAGGUUUUUCCAUAUUUGGGGGGGGGGGGAGGUUAAUAACAGCUGGAAAAUUCUCCUAAUUAUAAUUCAGUUUCUUAAUUUAUUUCUAAAUCUGCAUUAUAUGUAUAAUAAACGCAUAAGUACCUGUGUUA